CGUCAUGAGAAUAUUAGUUCGUGGUCGGCAACAACAGUUGACGAAACAAACAAAAUGUGAUUAUUAAAACAGUUAUUUUGGCAUGGACAUUAUUCACAAAAAGGGUUAAUUAUAUAUCUGUAACGAGCAGCGCAUCAUGCCAAAUAAAUUUCGGAAUCAAAAUUACGCAAAUCUGAAACAAGAGUGUAUUAAAAAAGGUCAACUUUUCGAAGAUCCCGAAUUUACCGCCAGUAACAAAUCUGUGUUUUUCAGUAAAGUUGAUAACGAUAUUGAGUGGAAAAGACCAAAAGAAUUAUGCCACGUGCCGAAGCUGAUCUUGGAUGGUGUGGCCUGUGAGAACCUCGUGCAGGGCGAACUGGGAAACGCCUGGUUCAUAACAGCAUGCUCCAGUCUCGCACUCGAACAAAAGCUCUGGAGAGCGGUAGUGCCAAACUACAAGGAACAGGAGUGGUCUGAGAAGAAUGAAUAUGCAGGAAUCUUCCACUUCGCAUUCUUUCGCUAUGGGUCUUGGACAGAAGUCGUUAUCGACGACCGACUCCCCACGAAAAAUGGAAACCUCGUAUUCUGUCACUCCAAGUCGAAGAACGAAUUUUGGUCCGCUUUACUCGAGAAAGCCUAUGCAAAGCUGUAUGGAGAUUACGAAUCUCUGAGGUAUGGUUUCAUAGCUGACGCUCUUGUUGAUUUCACGGCCGGGAUUUCCGAGAGGAUUGUCAUUAGCGAGUUGAACUUGGAUCAACAUGGGAACAAGGGCGCUCUGCUCAACAAGCUGUUGGCCGCCAACAGGCAGAAGGCAUUCAUCGUCUGUAGCAUUAAGUGCCCAGAAGACAAGACCGAUGAGACAACAACCAAUGGACUUCAGCUCGGCAAAGGUUACCACUUGACCCAGGUCAAGGGCAUCAAGUUAAAUGAUAAAUUGCAACAGAAAAUCGGUUCAGAAAGGCUAAAUUUGAUCAGGAUUUAUAACCCAUGGGAUAUGUCCAAAUGGAAUGGACCAUGGUCAGACCAGUCGUCUGAGUGGCAAGUAGCAUCUACAGCCGAAUGGGAGAAUAUGGGAAUCAUGUAUACACAAGAAAGCGAGUUUUGGAUCUCCUUUUCUGAUUUCAUCAAUAACUUCACCAACAUUGACAUCUGUCACUUCGUGAAUACGUCACUCUUCAAGAUAGAGAAAACGUGGUCGGAGGCGAUAAUACGCGGCAAGUGGGUUGUGGAUCCGCAGGCCAGUAGCGAUUUCCAGUCAUUCAAUUUUCUGAAAAACCCACAGGUUCUGUUUGAUGUGACCAGUGACGAAGACACAGUCAUGUUGUCGCUGGAACAACAAGACGUCAGUGCGGGGCGAAAGUUUCUUGGAGACAAACUCAAUAGCAUCGGUUUUCAAAUCAUGAAGGUGGAAGAAAACAGAAAAUACCGUGUUCACGUGUUGACUGAGAAAGUGCACGAGACGCCAUUCCAAACGUCUCGCAGUGUUUUCGGCUCGUGUCUGGUGAAGAAAGGCCGGUAUGUCCUCCUGCCGGCCCUAAAGGAGGCCGACCAUUCGGCCGAUUUUCUGUUGAGGCUGUACUCCACAAAACCAUCACAUGCCAGGCAGCUGUUAAAAGAUGAGCCCACUGUGAAAUGUCCUUGUGUCUCUGGCUUCUCCAUAAUUAGCACGUUAACGGUCAUUAGUGCAACCGGAAUAGAGCUGCCAUCAACGGUGAAAGGGGAUUGUAACCCGUUGGUUAUUCUCAAGUGUGAAGGUGAGAAAGUGAAAUCGGCGUCCUGCCAGAACACGACGUCUCCCGUCUGGGACAUGAAGGCUACAUUCUACAGAAAGAAGAAAGCUUACCCCAUCAAGCUUGAGUUGUGGAACUACAGUCCAAUGCUGAACUCGUUUAUUGCGGAGACGUAUGUGAGAGAAACCGGAUACGACGAUGAUGGGGUCACAACAGAGUACGAACUGUGGGAAAAAAACAAAACAGGCAUAAUGAAGAGACCGGGAAUGAUACAAGUGCAUAUCAAAUCAAGUAGCGAUAUUAUCAGUUUGUAGCACCAUAGAAAAACAAAGGCAAAGGAGAAAAUACAUGUCCUAUAUACACACUUGCCAUAAACAAUAUUUUUGCGAUAUUAACAGUUUGUAGCACCAUAGACAAACAAAGGCAAAGGAGAAAAUACAUGUCCUAUAUACACACUUGCCAUAAACAAUAUUUUUGCGAUAUUAUCAGUUUGUAGCACCAUAGACAAACAAAGGCAAAGGAGAAAAUACAAGUCCUAUAUACACACUUGCCAUAAACAAUAUUUUUGCGAUAUUAUCAGUUUGUAGCACCAUAGACAAACAACGGCAAAGGAGAAAAUACAUGUCCUAUAUACACACUUGCCAUAAACAAUAUUUUUGCGAUAUUAUCAGUUUGUAGCACCAUAGAAAAACAAAGGCAAAGGAGAAAAUACAAGUCCUAUAUACACACUUGCCAUAAACAAUAUUUUUGCGAUAUUAUCAGUUUGUAGCACCAUAGACAAACAAAGGCAAAGGAGAAAAUACAAGUCCUAUAUACACACUUGCCAUAAACAAUAUUUUUGCGAUAUUAACAGUUUGUAGCACCAUAGACAAACAAAGGCAAAGGAGAAAAUACAAGUCCUAUAUACACACUUGCCAUAAACAAUAUUUUUGCGAUAUUAACAGUUUGUAGCACCAUAGAUAAACAAAGGCAAAGGAGAAAAUACAAGUCCUAUAUACACACUUGCCAUAAACAAUAUUUUUGCGAUAUUAACAGUUUGUAGUGCCGUAGACAAACAAAGGCAAAGGCUGAAAAUACAAGUCCUAUAUACACACUUGCCAUAAACAAUAUUUUUGCGAUAUUAACAGUUUGUAGCACCAUAGAAAAACGAGGGCAAAGUGAGAAAAUACAUGUCCUAUAUACACCCUAAAUACACUUUCUGUAAAAAAUAUUUCUGCGAUAUUAACAGUUUGUAGCGCCAUAGAAAACCGAGGGCAAAGGGAGAAAAUACAUGUCCUAUAUAUACACACUUGCCGUAAACAAUAUUUUUGCGAUAUUAACAGUUUGUAGCACCAUAGAUAAACAAAGGCUUAAGGAGAAAAUACAUGUCCUAUAUAUACACCCCAUUGCUGUAAAAAAAAAAAAAACCCCACUUUCUGGGAUAUAUUUUAACAAUUUUCAGAAACACCAUGUGUAAGGUAUGCCAUUUUAUAACAGACUGCUAUACAAUAUAGGCAUAUGGACUCGCAUUUUUUUCGCCAAAAUCUCAGUGACAUCAUUUAUUUAUGUUAACUUUGCUGCCAAAUAGCUAUAUAGGUUAUAAAUGAAUCACUGUGUACUUUACAUGCAUUACAACUAAUUUUGCAGGCAGAAUUAUGAAAAUAUGUGGUAAAAAGGUGUCGAGUUAGCCCAUUGUGCCCAAAUAUCUCUGUUGUUUUUUCCCAAAGUUGAGGAUUUGCUUUAGCACUUGGGGAGGGAAGGGUGGGGAGUGGGGGAAGUUGCCACUCCAUCUCAUUCACUUAUGUUACACAAUUCUAAAAUGUAAAAAAAAAAAAAAAAUCAGUUUUCAAAUUGUUCCUUGAUCAUGUUGUGAAUACAUGGUCUUGUUGUAAAUUAAGAGCAGCAUUUUAGCAAAUAGUGAUGCACCAUGACAAAGGCUAUAGGUUCGAAUCCUGACCACGGUGUGGAUUUAGGUGGGGGCCCAAUUAGGGCCUCUCCUCACCCACUCACCCUAACGGUUUUGUCAGUUUUACUUUUCGUUUAUCAAUUUAUGCCAAAACCAAAGAUUCCAGAUCCACACUCAUCAUGUGAAAAUGACAAUAGCUGUGUUGAUAUUUAUCUGCCAAAAUUGUAUUAUCUGAUGUAUUAAGUUACAUAUUUAUAAGAUGAAUUUUAAUGUUUUGUCAUGUUCUGUAUUAAGUUACAUAUUUAUAAGAUGAAUUUGAUGUUUUGUCAUGUUCUGUAUUAAGUUACAUAUUUAUAAGAUGAAUUUUAAUGUUUUGUCAUGUUCUGUAUUAAGUUACAUAUUUAUAAGAUGAAUUUUAAUGUUUUGUCAUGUUCUGUAUUAAGUUACAUAUUUAUAAGAUGAAUUUGAUGUUUUGUCAUGUUCUGUAUUAAGUUACAUAUUUAUAAGAUGAAUUUGAUGUUUUGUUAUGUUCUGUAUUAAGUUACAUAUUUAUAAGAUGAAUUUGAUGUUUUGUUAUGAACUGUAUUUUAAGUUACAUAUUUAUAAGAUGAAUUUGAUGUUUUGUCAUCUUCUGUAUUAAGUUACAUAUUUAUAAGAUGAAUUUGAUGUUUUGUUAUGAACUGUAUUUUAAGUUACAUAUUUAUAAGAUGAAUUUGAUGUUUUGUCAUCUUCUGUAUUAAGUUACAUAUUUAUAAGAUGAAUUUGAUGUUUUGUUAUGAACUGUAUUUUAAGUUACAUAUUUAUAAGAUGAAUUUGAUGUUUUGUUAUGUUCUGUAUUAAGUUACAUAUUUAUAAAAUGAAUUUGAUGUUUUGUCAUGAACUGUAUUAAGUUACAUAUUUAUAAAAUGAAUUUGAUGUUUUGUUAUGAACUGUAUUUUAAGUUACAUAUUUAUAAGAUGAAUUUGAUGUUUUGUUAUGUUCUGUAUUAAGUUACAUAUUUAUAAAAUGAAUUUGAUGUUUUGUCAUGUUCUGUAUUAAGUUACAUAUUUAUAAGAUGAAUUUGAUGUUUUGUCAUGUUCUGUAUUAAGUUACAUAUUUAUAAGAUGAAUUUGAUGUUUUGUUAUGUUCUGUAUUAAGUUACAUAUAUAUAUUUAUAAGUUGAACUGCAGUGUGAAUUUUUUAGUUCAAUUUCUGUUCAUCUGAAAUGUGCCUUUUGGCCACAUGCAUGCAACAUUUAUUAUAUGGAUUUCUUUAGCAAUUUAUUUUUAAUGGGUUUUUUUUUUAUAUUUUGUCUUUUUAUUUGUAGAAAUAGGUGCAAAAUAAACAUUUACAAUUUCA